AUGGAAGUCGAAGGCCCACCCGAGAUAGUAGCAUCGAGAAGUUGCCGGAACGGUAAAAAGCUGGUGGCGUUCAUUAUCGAGCAGAAUAUGAGAUUGAACCACUCGUAUGCGCCAAUCGUCACGUUUUGGAGCAACGUGAAGGAUAACUACCAUGCGCUGUGGCUCUACGAAUUGUUGAAUACUCUCUAUUCGUCGCAAUGUUUAAACACCCCCAAUCUGCAAAUGUAUCAACUUAAGCAGUUGAACAUCAUGAUCGCCUACAGCACACCCGGCUCUAAGCAACUCACGGAGGCAUACCUGAAGCGAGCUCGCAUCGCAUACGCCCGCGAGGAAGAUUUCUAUUGCUUGUACAACAUUUCUCAUGCAGAGGAGGUCAGCACAACUCAUUUCACAUCCGACGACUCCAUACAGGCCAUGUACUACAGAGCGCGUGUUCGAAGAAAUGGAUCGAUUGAUCCGACCCCGCAUAAUGGCCGCACGUUCGAGAACUGUUUAAGUGAAGUGGAUUGCAAAGAUUCAGUUAACUAUGGACGUCAUCUAGUUGGUCGACAGACUUUCGGCAGCGGAAACACGGUUCUAAGCGAAGUACCGUUUGUGAGUUUGCUCGUACAUAACUUUUGGCUGCGAUGUCACCAUUGCCUGAUCUACGCACCGCUCGUUCUCAUACCGUGUCAAUACUGCUCGCUGGCGCAGUUUUGUUCAGAUACCUGCCGUAACCGUGCCUACGAAGAAUACCAUUCGAUGGAGUGUGCCAUUAUGCCGAUCCUUCUUGCCCAGUGUACGCCCAUCCAGUUUCUCGCCCUGCGUCUUACAAUCCGUGUUUAUAAAAUGUUCCUCGGUACGUCGGAUGCACUCGAUGCGUACAUUCGAACACUAUCGGAAGACAUCAGGGCAAAUGAGUACAGCACGCCUAGUCCGAAGCCAGAUUAUCGGAAGAUUUACAGACUUGCUACCAACCGGAAGCAUUUGUCCAGAAAAACACUGACCUCCGAUGGACUGAGAGCAGUCUCGCUGGCUAGGAUGCUCGUGCGUGAACAUGGACUUCCGACCAGCUUUGUGGAAUUGCUAGCCGAAUUGACUGUGCGCCAUUUGCACAUCCUCCGUUCAAACGCUCUGGUCCUGCAUUGCUCCGUGGACGAACCAUCGAAGGACGAGUACAGCUCGAGUUCGGUGCCAUACGCGUUAGUUCUGGUUACGACGGGCAGCAUGUUUAGCCAUUCGUGCGACGCGAACGUGGAUUAUUCGCUGUCACCUGACGGUGCAAUUAUGUUUGUGGCUAAUCGUUACAUUCCAAGAGGCACACAGAUGCACAUCAACUAUCGUAUCGAUCCCACGGAUACCAGAUAUGCCUUUGAAUGCUACUGCGAGAAGUGUACAACGAAACGUAUACUCGAUCAACCAUCAACACUCACGGAAGUUCCGGAAAGAUUGUAA